AAAAUAAAAUAAAAUAAAAAAGGGCCUUAUCUACAAUCUACAUCCCGAGUACUAAAGCUCAAGCAAGAAGCGAGCUUUGCACCUGCAGGAAAACAGCCACAAAGAUAAAGCUGAAUUCCAAGAAGCAAAGAUGUUGAGCGUCUCAAUUGCUUCCCCAGCUACCUUAACUCUCCCUCCAAAACCCAAAUCCUCAAUUCCCAAAACUUCCUUCACCGGCGUUAGAAUCCAGCACUUAUGUCCCCAACGGUUGCCUUCUCAGGCCACCUGCUUUUGGCAACCGUCACCUUCGUCCUCCGUGGUCAUGAUGGCUAAGAGAGAAGAAGAAAUGAAGGAAAUAAGAGCCAAAACCACUGAGGAAAUCAACGAUGAAGUGGUUGAAUUAAAAGGUGAGCUUUUGAUGCUUCGUCUCCAGAAAUCGGUUCGUAAUGAGUUCAAGUCUAGCGAGUUUGGGCGAAUGCGCAAAAGGAUUGCUCGCAUGCUUACUGUUAAACGGGAAAGAGAGCUCGAAGAGGGCAUCAACAAGCGAUUGUCAAGAAAGCUCGAUCGGCAAUGGAAGAAAAGCAUUGUUGUGAAACCACCUCCAUCUUUGAUCAAGUUGAGAGAGCAAGAGGCAGCAGAAGAAGCUGAGAAAUCGGCUGCUUGAGUGAUCCAGUGUUUGAUACUUUCACAUUUUCAUGGCUUUGUGAAGUGCUCUUUUAAGUUGUUGCAGUUUCUAUUUCAGACCCAUUUUGUGCAUAAUGUUUUGGUGUUGAAGUUAAAGCUAGGAUUCCUUCAAUGUUUCAAAACUUUCUUUCUCUCUUGGGGAAACACUUGACAAAAUUCAAUUUUACCAUUUCUGGUUUUAUUAA